AUGGACUACUUAAAGUCAACUUUAUCGCGAGUAGUUUUACGAAAAGAUAUACCACCUUUUCCGUAUAAUUUUGGCGAAAAGGUGGUAGAAUAUGAUAAUUUGUCUAUUUGGGAACUUUUUCGAGGAACAAAAAAGGAGGAUGGUUCCGAUGUGUCGAUUUUCACUUUUGAUUGUACAAAACAAACUUAUUGGAUACCGUUAGCCAGGAACGCGUUUAAAAAAAUGCGCACAAUACGACAUCCUGAUCUUUUGCGAUAUGUCGACGGAGUAGAAACCGAAUCAUAUAUAUACAUUGUCACCGAUUAUGUGGUCCCAUUAAAAUCACAAUCAAGUUCUUUAUCCGACGACAAUUUGAAAUUAUGGGGAUUAUAUAAAGUUGCUAAUGCCCUCAAAUUUCUGAAUAAUGAUUGUUCGAUCGUUCACGGAAAUGUUCGCAUAUCGUCAAUAUUCACAAAUAAAGCGGGUGAAUGGAAAUUGGGUGGCUUUGAAUUGAUGAGUUCAUCGAAAGAAGAGGAUCCGAUUAUUUAUACGAGUGGAGGAUAUUUGCCAGAUUCCUCGAGAUAUUCUUCACCGGAAAUAACUAAAAGUUCGUGGAAUAUAUUAAGAGAUUACGAGAUUUGGGUAACUGAUGCAUGGAAUUAUGGAACACUUAUAUAUGAAGCAUACAAUGGACCAUUCACGUCGGUUGAUCAACUUCAAAAUGCGGGCGAAAUACCUCAAGCUAUUUAUAUAGAAUACAAAGACUUAAUUAAUCAGAACCCUCAAUUCCGUACCAAUAUUUCAGUAUUUAUGGAGAAUGGAUUACGUGUAGGAGGAAUUUUCCAAAAUGAUUUAGUGCAAGUGAAUUUGUUUUUGGAGAAUAUGAAUAUCAAAGAAGCGAGCGAAAAAAUUGCAUUUAUAAAAAAAUUGAACGAUUCAAUUGAUACCUUUCCGGAAAAUAUUUGUAAAUAUAAAAUAUUGCCGGAACUUUUGAACGCGUUGGAAUUUGGCGCAGGAGGAGUCAAGGUCAUAGGACCAAUUAUAAAGAUUGGCAAAACUCUAUCUCAAGAUGAAUACGACCAAUACAUCUCAACAGCCAUAAUAAAAAUGUUUGCCUUACCUGAUCGAACUAUGCGGCUCAAUUUACUAGAGAAUCUACCGGCAUUUAUCGAAAGAUUCAACAAUAAAACAGUCACUGAGAAAAUAUUUCCGCAUAUAGCUACAGGUUUUUCAGAUACCGCGCCGGUUAUAAGAGAAAUGACGGUGAAAUCUGUUUUAUUACUCGCGCCAAAGUUGAUGAAGAGCCCGGUAUUAGAACGAACACGACAAUUUGUUUGGACAAGAGGUAAAGUUCUAGUUCCCGCUUUCACGAGAGCAUUACGUGACCCUUUUCCACAUGCAAGGGCUGCAAGUUUAAUGGCAUUGACCGCCACCGUUGAAUAUUACGAUAAAGUAGAUUGUGCCACAAAAAUUUUGCCUUGUGUGUCUUUGAUACUGAUAGAUCUGGAAAAGUCUGUUCGCGUACAAGCCUUCAAAACUUUUGACGCAUUUGUUAAGCGACUAGAAAAAUUAGUUGAUACGAUGGCCGAGACUGCACCACCACCUCCGCCAGCAGGACUUCCAGGAGUCGCACAAGCGGCAGGCGGUGUUGCUGGAGCUGUUGCUUCCGCUGCAGAAACAUGGGGUGGUUGGGCAGUGACUUCUUUGAGUAAAAAGCUUGUUGGAUCAGGCGAAACAACGGGUAACAUAUCGGAACCACCAACGCCAUCACAUCCACCUAGAACAUCAAGUUCUCCUGUUAAUGGAACAACAAAUUCAACGAGGAAUGAAUCAGAAUCAAUUAAUAAUAGUUCAUCCAGACCACUUUCUGCCUCAAACAGCAAUAGUAAUAAUAACAAUAGUUCCACCUCAAAUACUUCAAAUGGAUGGGAGCAUGAUGAUACUUUGAUAGAUUUCGGUGGAGGAUUAAUAUUUUUUGAAAAUAAUACGAAAAAGAAAGAAACUAAUGAUUGGGACGGAUUUCAAUCUUCUUUUCCGCCAUUAGCUCCUACAACAGUAAAUGGAGGAGCGAAACCAGGAAAUAUUGGUGGGACUAAUUCGUUAAAUUCAAUGAAACUGGGGUCAAGUAAUAACAUAGGCCUUAAAGUAUCGAAUGAUUUAUUCGAUUUUGACAAUGACUUUUUUAAUGCUGUGAACACGAAUGCUGAUAAUGAUGAUGAUUGGGGGGGAUUUCAUCAAUCGCCUUCCGCAUCCUCUGUUUCAUUGUCGUUGUCACAACGUCCUGUUUCAGGAAUAUCAUCAAAUUUUGGUUCGUCGCAAUUAACACCUACUAGCGCAACUUCGUCAAUGAAAUUGGGAUCAAAAACAAUCUCUUCCGACGGCUGGAAUUUCGACGAUUCAGGAUGGGGUGAUAACUGGGGUGAUAGUAGUAGUCCCACGAUCCAAAGAUUACCACCACCACCUUCAAAUAAUCUGUCAAGAGAAGAGAAAGCCGCCGAGAUGAAUCGCAAAAGAGAAGAACGACGUCAGAGAAUGGGCGAAUUAAGGGAACAAAAGAAGAAAGGCAGUGGAUUGGGUGCACGAAAAAUCUAA